GUUCCUAUACAUCGUCAACACCAACAACUGAUCCAUCUACAACCACUAGCUAUUAAACAUCAAUGUUCCGUCCUCGCCUACCACUCUCUCCUCACCGCAUCUCCCAUCUUCUCUCCCACCCCGCCAAAAUGUCUGACUGGAGCGCAACCCAAUACCUCAAAUUCGCCGACGAGCGCGCCAUCCCCGCCCAAGAUCUCCUAUCACACAUCCCCCUGCAAUCUCCCUCUCACAUCGUUGAUCUUGGCUGCGGCCCCGGAAACUCCACCGCCAUGCUUUCCGCCCGCUACCCAUCCUGCCCGAGCAUCUCCGGCAUCGACUCCUCCCCGAACAUGAUCGCCCGCGCUAAAGAAUCAUCUAACAACAAUACGACCUUCGCCGUGGCGGACGUGGAAUCUUACUCUCCCCCGCCCAACCAACCCGUAGAUCUCUUCUUCUCCAACGCUGUCCUGCACUGGCUUCCCCGUUCUACUCGUCUCCCUACUAUCCGCAGACUCCUACUUACUCUUCCCCCGGGCGGGGUUUUCGCCUUCCAGGUCCCGGAUACCUUGAACGAGCCAUCGCAUACGUCUAUGCGAGAGGUCGCGAGGACGGGGCCCUGGGCGGAACAUCUACGGAGUACGUUGGUGGAAAGGGACGAGUUGGAUUCGCCGGGGGAGAUCUAUGAUGCGUUGGUGGAUGUUUGUGAGAGUUUGAGGAUUUGGGAGUCGAUGUAUUAUCAUUCCCUUGGGAGUUGGGGG